GCUCCGGGUAAGGAAUCUACCUCCCACAUCCCACUCGUGCUGGUUCAUAUCCAGGCUUCUGUGGAGAGUGAAAAUCUACCGGGGAAAAAAAUUGAUAUAUAUUAACAAGUCCUCGUCUUGCUGGCAUGGUGCUGAGGAUACCCGCAACUCCCUCCACAGCAGUAUCGUCCUUGUCCUCGUCGUCGUGCUCGUCAUCGCGGCUGUUGGUAACAGCCCCGUCCUCAUCCUCCCCCCACUGGGCUAGGGUCUCGAAGAGGCGAUACCAUCGCACCGUUUGGCCUUCCUACGGCAUAACCACCCCGUUUCCCGACCGUCACCCCCAGUUCCCCAUCAGCAGAUCUCCAUUCUAUUUUCAGACGGGGUACGCGCUAUGCGCCAAACGGACUUCGCGACCCUUCCCCCCACCGUUCCUGUCCCCGCCAUCCUCAUCCUUCUCCGACCCGCUCACUACGCACUAUCAAAGCCAGGAUAAGAGAUUAUCCGUUCACGGGGAGUUGGUACGCGGCCUGAAUAACGGCGACGAUGCAAUUCUUGUUACGGAAAAUUUCCUGGGGGUGAAUGAUGGGGUGGGUGCCUGGGCAACGAGGCCGCGAGGCCAUGCGGCACUCUGGUCUAGACUGGUCCUGCAUUUCUGGGCUAUGGAGAUCGAACGAAUACCGAACGGCGACACAAAGCUAGACCCCGUCGAAUACCUCCAGCGAGCCUACGAGGAGACGACGCGCGCGACCACGUCCCCCAGCGAGUGGUUUGGAACGACAACCUCCGUCACAGCACUCCUACAUAAGACUCACGACGCCGACGGCGUCGUAAAGCCGCUGCUCUAUGUGACCAAUAUCGGCGAUUGCAAGGUCCUGGUCAUCCGCCCGCGCGAGGAGAAGGUCCUCUUUCGAACCGAAGAACAGUACCACUGGUUUGACUGUCCCCUGCAGCUGGGUACCAAUAGUGUAGAUACGCCGCGGGAGAACGCGGUGCUGUCGCUGGUCGACAUCGAGGAGGGCGAUAUUGUUCUUGGGGUCUCGGAUGGCGUUCUUGAUAAUCUCUGGGAACACGAAAUUCUCUCUGUCACGCUGGGGAGCCUUCGGAAAUGGGACCAGGAACGAUACGAGGACAAGGAGCUGGAUUGGGCACCGCCCGCUUUACUGGCGGAGGAACAAAUGGUGUUUGUGGCUCGGGAGUUGCUCAAGGCUGCGCUCGUGGUGGCUCAGGACCCAUUUGCUGAGAGUCCUUAUAUGGAGAAGGCGAUCGAUGAAGGGUUAGCUAUCCAGGGUGGGAAGAUGGACGAUAUCAGCGUGGUUGUUGGCGCAUGUAAGAAAAGAGCGGAACAGAACUAGCGACAGCCACCGAGCCAUCCCCCCCCAGUUCUCUUUUCUCCCAUCUCACCCAUGUUGAGAAUUAUACACGACGCGAUAUGAUGAACUGGAAGCACUUUGCAUAUGGAGUUGAUAGACGGGCAAUGGAGUAAUACAUACGGAGUAACUGGGUGACAAAUGGAAGGACCAGCUCUAGGAGUCCUGUCAUAGGUAUAUAUAAUUCGGUU